CUGGUUUUGCACUCUCGCGGGGGGUGGGUGGUUGGGUGUGAUGAUCACCCAACCAAAUACUCAGCUGCGCACCGAGGGGGUGAGGGGUCAUUUUUCAUUUCCUUCUUGACGGAAAAGAAAAAAAACCCCGCCGGCCGGCGCUUGUUUGGAGCUUUUUCUGCACUGCAUGUUGUGGCGACGCCUCUUCCCUGCUUCGUCGACAAAGAGAAUCACCAGCCAUUCUGUGGCAGCAGAAAGAAAAGAGGCGAUUUCUUUUUUCUCUUCUUUAAGAGACCAUUUCUCUGAGAGUAAAUUGCUUAAAUGGAGUAAAAACAAAAAUGCGUACGUAGAGUCGACUGACGAUUUCGACGGUUGAAGAUCGACACGAUUGACGCCAUUGAGAAUUGCGUAAAGAGAGACGAUUGACUGAGGAUUGGCACUAGCUCAGAGAGAGCUGUUGAGGAUUGACGAUUGCUUAAGAGUGUAGAGAUAGAUAGAUAGAUAGAUAGAUAUAGAUAGAUAGAUAGAUAGAUAGACACACACACAGAGAGAGAGAGAGAGAGAGAGAGAGAGAGAGAGAGAGAGAGAGAGAGAGAGAGAGAGAGAAUUGAUUGGUUAAAGAGUGUGGGAGGGAUGCAAUGGUGGAUGUGGCGGAUGACCACAGUAAGAGUGUGCAUGCUGUGAAAAACUUGCACAGUAAAAGAACACCAGCGUCGUCAGCAUGGGGAGAUGAACCUGUUGAGGAUUUCACGGACAAGUUCACAGUGAAGCGGCCGCGGAUCGAGAAGAAACCGAGGGAGACCGACAAGCAUCGAAUAAGUCAGCGGCAAAAGCAGAUCGACUUUGGCAAGAACACGCUGGGUUAUGGGAGGUACUUUGAACUUGUUCCUCGAAAAAAGAGGAAACGUGGAGAUCCGCAGACGCCUGAUCCUUACCAAGUCUGCAGCAAGCGCAGUUGGGAUGGUCAGGUGCGCAAAUGGCGGCGCCUCCUUCACGAGUACGAUCCGCCCAGCGAUGGUGAGAAGGAUGUAGACGGCGAUGCGGAUGCUAACAAGAGCACCAAAUCUGACGACGACGACGAUGUCAACGACGACGACGAUGUCAACGACGACGUUGAUGACAUGUGCUCGGUACAGAGACAAGAGCGCAAUCUGGUGGCUGAACCUAUCAUGCCAGGUGGCGAGCAAGAGGAACAAGAGCGCAAGGAUGCAGCAGAACAAGACAAGGACAAGGACAACGAAGAAGAUGGGCAAUCUCCGCCGGAAGAUGAACUGACAUGCGAAGAUGAUGAGGAUCCAUGGGAGAGAGCAACGAAACUGUAUGCGUAUACAUAGAUGGACAGGCAACAUAGACACAGCCACAACCACAAGAAGAAGAAGAAGAAGAAGAAGAAGAAGAAGAAGAAGAAGAAGAAGAAGAAGAAGAAGAAGACAACUUCCUCUUCUAGAACAUUCACAGGGUGCUGUGGCCAGGGUCUGCUGGGACUGAACUGGAGUCACUAGGGUGCUAUUGCCACAUCAGCAAACUGAGCCUGAUCAACGCUUCUGUGCUGAUGUGGCGAGCGUUCAGCUCCAGCUCCAGCGGUACACAGAGGGAUUCCACGGAGAGCGAAGCUGCAUUUUUGAUGGAUUCGUUGAUUCCAGAAAUACGCCGCAGGAAUGUGACUUGUGGUGCAGCUGAUGAUCGCAGGUACACGCUCUUUUUUCCAUGUCCAGGGUCUGCUGGGACUAAAGUGCACUAGGUGACCAAGUGAGCCUAAUCAACACUGUUCUGUGCUGACGCGGCAAACAUCCAGCGGUACACAUAGGGCUUCCACAUGGAGAGAAGCAGCGUUUUCGAUCGACUCGUCGAUUCCUGAAAGUGCCGCAGGAAAGUGACAUGUGGUGCAGCUGAUGAUUGCAGGUACACCACACACUCCUUCGAGGCUUCUUUAAGCUGUCGUGGUCCUUGCGCAUUAAUUUCCUACGCGGAAGAUUGCUGAAGUAGACAAGGUAGUUUUCAUGUUUGUACCGUUGUGCGGUUGUAGAUUAUUCGACAGAAUCAACACAUAUAGAUAUGGGUGUGGAUGGCGUAAUUGUUGUGCAUCAACUUCGUACGGAUAAGAUGGUGUGGGGUCCUGGUCCACGGGGCACGAGGGGGUUGAGGGCCCCCCCAAGAGGGGCUGGAGGGCCCAAGGAUGAAAGCAUCCGUAGCGUGGAGCUGGCGAGCAAAAGCCUGUAUGUUGCCUCACGAAGGGAAUGAGCAGAAGUGAAUAGGAGGAGAAGGUCACUUUUUCUGUGGGGAGAGACGGAGGGGUGGGGUGGGGUGGGGGAAGAGGUGAGGGUUGGGAUGCGGCCAAGCCAAGAUCCUGUAAACAGCUUGAUGAUCAUCUCUCAUUUGGCAUUGUUUUUUUUUUUUUUUUUUUUUUCCCUUCCCCCCGUGAUGUUUUUUUGAAGCUUUGAUUGACCAUUUCCUUAGGCAAUAAACAACACAGACCCUCAGCAGCCAGGACGGAAUUGAAAUGCAGAGAACAGCAGUGCCGUGCUCGGCUGACGCACACAAAAAGGGAGGGGACACUACGACUCUCACUCGGAUCAGAAUACUGCUGGGAAUGUGGCUAGAUGCCGUUGGUCGUCAAGGGACAUCCAUGUGUGCCUAGAUGCAUUCGGACAGGGCUUGUUGUGGCCCUUUAUAUAGCACUUGGGUGUUUUUGAUGCUGAUGUUCUCGGUAUCGUUUCGAUUCGAAUGGAUGUCCGAAGGACUAGCCUUUCCAAAUCUAUGUGCAUAUCUAUGUGGAAACUUAGAGGACAUAACACGAGUGAAUCGGGUGAGGAGUAUUUGGGCUCUCUUCCACUGAACUGGAAUGACAUGUAAUACCUCUCUCUCUCUCUCUCUCUCUCUCUCUCUCUCUCUCUCUCUCUCUCUCUCUCUGGUACUCUGUUGCGGCUCCGGGCCCCCUCUUCUCCAUCUCAAUCAACGCAACUAUUUCUU